CGUGUGACCAGAAUAGAUCUAAACAAGUAGCUAUAUAACGGUUAUUGAGCGAGUUGAACAUUAAAUUCAGACACGAGCUGAUAUAAACUUAUGAAAAAAAGUUUAUAAACUUUGAUGAUAAAUUUCAAAACAAUAAAAAGAAAGCUAACACAAUAACAAAGAUUAUUAUCAGUUGAGUAGAGUUUUUAUCGUUAUUACUGAAAUUUUAUAUGGAGAACAUCUGCGCACACAGACACUUAAAAACACACAAAAGAGAGAAGUCUGAAAGAAUAUAACGUGAGAGUCGCGCGUGGCAGACGAAAACUAUACAGAGAAAUUCAAUUUAUAUACAGUUAAAUUUGUCAGAAUAUGUCUACUGAACAAAUUCAUCGAAGAAAGUUGGUUAUAGUUGGAGAUGGCGCUUGUGGUAAAACAAGUUUGUUGUAUGUGUUCACGAAAGAUGAAAUGCCAACUGACUACGUUCCUACAAUAUUUGAUAACUACGUGGCAGAUAUGGAAAUAGAAAACAAACAGGUUGAACUUGCACUGUUUGAUACUGCCGGCCAAGAAGAAUACGACCAACUGAGAAUUCUAAUGUAUCCGGACGCUGACGUGGUUGUCAUCUGCUAUAGUAUUGACAGUCCGGAUAGUUUGUCGAAUACCGUUGAAAAAUGGGCACCGGAAAUUAAACAUUUUUGUCCGGGAGUGCCUAUUGUGUUGUGUGGAAAUAAAAAGGACUUGAGACACAACGAAGACACGAAGCGUGAGUUAGAAGCAACAAAACAGAAGCCAGUCUCGAUUGAAGAAGGUGAAGAAGUAGCCAGUAAAAUCGAGGCUAGUGCUUUUCUAGAAUGUUCUGCUUUGACGAAAGCUGGUGUUAUGACCCUGUUUGAAACUGCGGCCAUCAGCGCUUUAAAGAAAAAAUCGAAGAAAAAUGGACGCAGAUGUAAAUGUAAUAUUUUAUAGUUCGUACUAAUUGUAGUGAGGAAAAAAUACUGGAAGCUGAGAGCUGAAGAAGUCAAAAAAAAAAAAAAAGAUUUUUAAAGAACGAAAAACAUAAAGAGAAAAUCCGGACAUGCUGUGGACCUAACAUGUCGAAAUCACUACAUCAUCAAUAACACAGAUAUAAUUGGACAAAUUCGUGAUUAAUUUACACAAAGUCAGUGUGUUUGCAAUUAGAUUACGAUCAAAAAUAUUAUUGCUCAGUUUAUUUAAAAAUUUUCCCAUACCGUGUUUUAACUGCCUUGCCAACGUAAUGCGAGCACACCGACUGGAUUUCCAACUUCGUCUCCAUGACUAAUUUUAGGACGAGAGGCAUAAAAUCAAGGAAUAUUUACAUUUAUUUACAGUAAGUUCAAAUGGAAUUUAUAAAAUUAUUUUUAGAUAUAUUGUAUAUAAAUAACCGUGGUAUUUUUUUAUACCUAUACAGAUAAUUUAUUUUCGUGUAUACUUAUUUAAUAAUUGCUAAAAAUAGAAAAUUCAAAUAGCAUUUCAAAA